UCCCCCUCUUACAUACACACACAUCUCCUGCUCGCCUUUAGGUGCAACAAUGGCGACGUCCUUCUUCCUCUGGUCCUCAGCGCGGCACAAGGCCGACGAAGGCGGAGAAGGCAGCGCCGCGGAGACCAACACUUCCUCUGCCGAAGCUCCGGCGGGGAAGGCCAAGGGUCGGAAGGGCGGAGCGGGGGCCAAGGCGGCAGCGCCGAAGCGCCCGCCUCAGAGGGGCCUCGGCGUCGCCCAGCUCGAGAGGCUCCGCCUCCAGGAGCGCUGGAAGAAGAUGACGGAGCUCGAACCCGCUCGCGACGGCAUUCUUCCGCUCCACCUUCACCAACUCACCCCCGUCGCCGGGGCUGUGUAUGGCGCCCCCAUCGUCUACUCGGCCGGGCAGCCCCUCGACGGAUACCUCACCCGUUACCGCCAGAUUGUCCAUGGGCCGGUAGCUUACGGCGGAGCGGCUGCCGGAACCGUCGCCCGGUCCGUGCUGGACGAUCAUCACGGGCUGGAUCGGUACCGGAAGGCGACGGCCGGGGACGCCAGAUUCCACGUCGGGAGUCCGUUUCCAGAGCCCCCUUCAAGCCAAAAUCCGCAAUGCCUCUCCGACCCGUGCGAGUUCUGCGCCAGAAAGAAGCGCCUCUUCGGCAACAAACUAUCUGACAACCUGGCCACCGGUGCGGAUUACUUCGAGAUGGACCUCGCUGCUGCCAUGGCGGUCGAUCUGGGAAAGCCGGCGGGCGAGAAGGAGAGGGAGGUGAUCAAGGAGUUCGAGUUCUUCCCGCCGAGCAGCCUAAGCGUAUCCAACGGCGACGGUUCCCCCGAGCUCGCUGAUCGCACGGCUGGUGAUGCUUCCUCUUCCUCCGCCGCUGCAGCUUCUUCUACUCUCCUCGAUCUCUCGCUCAAGCUUUCCAUAUAAUCAAAGCAAGUGUGACUCUUCUUUUCCUUUUAAUUACUGUUCGUUAGAAUCAUUGGAAGACCUUCAUGUUACUUUUGUUGAGCAAGUAGCUAGUUAGUUUUUUGGUA